UAAAUAGACUCCUUUCAAAUGCAAGAAUUCUCACCCCCUCAACUCAAGCAAUAACAGCUAAAAGAGUAGUGUUAAGUUAUAGAGCUUCACUACAAUGAGAAGUGUUCAUUUCCUACUAGCUUUUGUUCUCUUGACUCUGGCAUCCUCAAUUGCCUCUGCCUCUGACCCCAGUCCCCUUCAGGACUUCUGUGUAGCCAUCAAUGAUCCCAAGGCUGCUGUGUUUGUAAAUGGGAAAUUCUGUAAGGACCCGAAGAUGGCGACAGCAAAUGAUUUCUCCUUUUCAGGACUCAACAUUCCCAGAGACACAGGGAACCGAGUUGGAUCAAAUGUUACUCUCUUAAAUGUAGAUCAAAUACCAGGGCUUAACACGCUCGGCAUAUCUUUGGCUCGCAUUGACUAUGCACCAAAUGGUGGCUUAAACCCACCCCAUACUCACCCUCGUGCCACAGAGAUUCUAGUAGUCGUCGAAGGCACACUCUAUGUUGGAUUUGUCACAUCAAACCCAGAAAAUCGUUUCAUCAGCAAAGUCUUAUACCCUGGAGAUGUUUUUGUGUUUCCGUUUGGCCUCAUUCACUUCCAACUCAAUAUUGCCAAAACCCCUGCAGUUGUCUUUGCAGGUUUAAGCAGCCAAAAUCCUGGUACUAUUACAAUAGCAAAUGCAGUGUUCGGGUCCGAUCCUCUCAUCAAUCCUGCUGUUCUUGCCAAGGCCUUCCAUUUGGACAUCAAGAUAGUGAACUAUCUUCAGAAACUGUUUGGAGGAAACAGUGAGUGAUUAAGACGUGUAACAUGGACUGGUAGCCUGAUUUUACAAUGUCUGGAGGAAACAGUGAGUGAUUAAGACGUGUAACAUGGACUAGUAGCCUGAUUUUACAAUGUCUGGAGGAAACAGUGAGUGAUUAAGACGUGUAACAUGGACUAGUAGCCUGAUUUUACAAUGUCUGGCAACCUUCUUUGUUAUGUUAUAAUACUAAAUUAAGUACAAUAAAAUGGUUUCCUAUAAA